AUGUCACCUAGUCAACAAGCUGAAGAUCUGAUAAAUUACAAGUUGAAAGAGGCUGAACCCGAACAUUGCCCAGGUCCAGAGUCUGAAACGGCAGGAAAAGAUGACGCGUGCAAAGGGUGUGCGAAUCAAGAAAUUUGCUCUUCACAAAUACCGAAAGGGCCUGAUCCAGAUAUAUCCUUGAUCAACAGCAGAUUAGCAAACAUUCAACACAAGAUACUAGUCCUCUCAGGGAAAGGCGGAGUCGGUAAAUCCACGUUCACGUCUAUGCUUGCUUGGGCAAUAGCAGCCGAUGAGGAUUUGGAAGUUGGUGCCAUGGAUUUAGAUAUAUGUGGUCCAUCACUACCGCGCAUGUUGGGGGCAGGAGAGAAUGAAAGUGUUCAUCAGUCAAAUAGUGGCUGGAGUCCCGUUUUUGUUGCCGAUAAUUUAGGACUAAUGAGUAUUUCCUUUAUGCUUCCUGAUAGCGACCUGGCAAUAAUAUGGCGAGGAGCAAAAAAGAAUGGUCUAAUAAAACAGUUUUUGAAGGAUGUAGAUUGGGGUGAACGUUUGGACUAUUUGUUGGUGGAUACGCCACCAGGCACAAGUGACGAACAUUUGUCGGUAACGUCAUUAAUGAAAGAGGUUGGUAUUGAUGGUGCAUUGAUUGUAACUACACCUCAAGAAGUGGCGUUGUUGGAUGUACGGAAGGAAAUCGAUUUUUGUCGAAAGGCACACAUUAAAAUCUUGGGUUUGGUUGAAAACAUGUCAGGAUUUGUAUGUCCAAACUGUCAGGGCAAGAGUCAAAUUUUCAAAGCUACUACUGGUGGCGGUGAAAAAUUGUGUAAAGAGUUGGGAAUAGAUUUCUUGGGUUCAGUGCCUUUGGACCCUCGAAUAGGUAGAGCUUGUGAUGAGGGAGAGUCAUUCUUUGACUUGUAUCCCGACUCCCCUGCAUCGACGGCUAUUUUGGAUGUUGUUGAUGCUUUAAGGGAUAAAGUUGAGUUGAAUAUGAAUGGUCUUAAGUUAGAGUGA